AUGGCGCUGCCUCCAGGGCCAGCUACCCUCCCGCACACACUUCUGCUCCUGCCGGCCCUUCUGAGCUCAGGUUGGGCGGAGUUGGCGCCACAAAUUGAUGGUCAUACCUGGGCAGAGCGGGCACUUCGAGAGAAUGAACGCCACGCCUUCACCUGCUGGGUGGCAGGGGGGCCUGGCACCCCCCGAUUGGCCUGGUACCUGGAUGGACAGCUACAGAAGGCCAGCACCUCAAGACUGCUGAGCGUGGGCAGGGAGGCCUUCUCUGGAGGCACCAGCACUUUCACUGUCACUGCCCAGCGGGCCCAGCAUGAGCUCAACUGCUCCCUGCAAGACCCAGACAAUGGCCGGUCAGCCAACGCCUCCGUCCUCCUCAAUGUGCAAUUUAAGCCGGAGAUUGCCGAGGUUGGGGCCAAGUACCAGGAAGCUCAAGGCCCGGGCCUCCUGGUCAUCCUUUUUGCCCUGGUGCGUGCGAACCCACCUGCCAACGUGACCUGGAUCGACCAGGAUGGGCCGGUGACUGUCAACGCCUCUGACUUCCUGGUGCUGGAUGCCCAGAACUACCCCUGGCUCACCAAACACACCGUGCAACUGCAGCUCCGCAGCCUGCCACACAACCUCUCCGUGGUGGCCACCAACGACGUGGGUGUCACCAGCGCCUCGCUUCCGGCCCCAGGGCUCCUGGCCACCCGGGUGGAAGUGCCACUGCUGGGGAUCGUUGUGGCUGGAGGGCUUGCCUUGGGCACCCUGGUGGGGUUCAGCACCUUGGUGGCCUGCCUGGUCUGCAGGAAAGCGAAGAAGACCAAAGGCCCCUCCCGGCGCCCAUCCCUGAUCUCUAGUGACUCCAACAACCUGAAACUCAACAACGUGCGCCUGCCGCGGGAGAACAUGUCCCUCCCGUCCCACCUGCAGCUCAACGACCUCACUCCGGACUCCAGAGGGAAACCAGCGGACCAGCAGAUGGCUCAGGACAACAGCCAGCCAGAGCUUCUGGAUCCGGAGCCCGGCGGCCUCCUCACCAGCCGAGGUUUCAUCCGUCUCCCAAUGCUGGGCUACAUUUAUCGGGUGUCCAGUGUGAGCAGUGAUGAGAUCUGGCUCUGA